AUGGCUGCCAUUAUUGGUAGUGUAGCUGCGAUGAAUGAUUUCCUCGCAAGUUACGAGGAAGACGAUGACCUAGACGACAUUUUUUGCCAUUUCAGGAGCAUGACUUGUGUAAUAGAUGACCGCAUUAAGUGCAAGAGGUACUAUGAGACAACAAUCAGAAACUACCUGCCCGACUCUUUUAAACGUUUUUUCAAGAUAAACAGAGAAACUCUUGAACUUUUGUGUAGAAAUCUUGCUCUUCAUCCAACACGUACUGUUUCUGGUGGAAGACCCUCAAUUCCAUUAGAGAAAAAACUUCUAAUGACUGUAAGGUAUCUGGCUUCUCAAGAAACUAUUUGUGAACUAAGUGACCGCUUUGGUAUAUUAAUGUUGGCUGGCCCGGGAGGGUACAUGAUACCAAAGAGAUACAGCGUAUCCUAUGAAGUAGUGGCUCCUUACGCCUUACAGAGAUACUGGCCAUUUGAACCACCAACAAUUGCGCUACAACUUGCAGUUGUCCUCAAAAAGACAAGUUAUUGA